AGUACGAGUGUCAACAUUAACGGGUUGUCAUCUCUGCUUGCUCUAUAUUAAAGUGUGUAGCUACAUGCUUACCGUCACUCACAUCUGAAGUCAUGGCAGGUAAUAUCCAGCAGCUCAACGAGUCUGUAGUGAUCCGAAGCCUCAGGCGCUUCGGAAACACAUAUUUUCCAAACGGAUCUAAAGUUUUUAAAGACGAACUUGCGACUGUUAUAGAAGCGAAAGCAGAGCCACAACCCGGAUUUCUUGACAGUUCACCGGUGGAUGUACAGUUCCUGAUUAUGACCUUUCUGUGUCCUGCGGAUAUCUGCUGCCUGGGAGCCACCAGUCGGUACUGGAGGGCCAUGGUUAGAGAUCCAUUACUGUGGAGAUACUUCCUGCUCAGGGACAUGCCAUACUGGCCCUCCAUUGAUCAUAUCAGCAUGCCCCAACUGCAGUUCUUGGAUGCACCACUAAUCGAUGAAGAUGAGAGUCUGGAUGAUAGAGAAGAGGGGGGCGACAGAGGGAUGGAAUCAAAAUUUGACUACAUGUCAGAAUAUCUGAAAGGCUGCCCAUCCUGCAGACAACAGUGGCUACCUUCACGUCCGGCAUAUGAGGUCAUUACCUCUUUUCUUCAGUCUUUAGUGCUCUCAUCUGAACCACGCUAUGUGAUGUUUGGCCCUGGCAUGGAGCAGCUUGAUGUGUCGUUAGUCACAAGGCUCAUGCAGGCCUCAGAUGUGCUUCGUUUGUCUGGCACUCCUCACAGGCAGAUAAAUGGCAUUGGCUCUGGGAUCAGUUUCAUUUUCAACAACCAACACAAAUUCAAUAUCUUGACUCUGUAUUCAACCAAUAGGGCGGAGAGGGAAAGAGCCAGAGUGCAGCAGCAGAGUGUCGGUAAUAAACUGUUUACCUUAGAAGGAACAGAUGAAUCAGGAUGUCCAGUCUACAGCCCUGCGCCUCAGGUCCAGCAAGUGUGCCAGGUGGUGGAUGGUUUCAUCUAUGUAGCUAAUGCAGAGCUUGGGAGAGGUGGGGAAGAGUCUGAGGUGGCUCAGAUUCAGGCUGUGCUGAGCUCUGCUGAAAGUUCAGCAUCCAAGCCUCUGCUGGUGCUGUCCUGUGUCUCCAGAGACGCACCAGAAGAGGUCACAAGCAGAAACAGGACCAGGUGGAGGACUCCUUGUGUUGACAUGGCAAAGAGACUUGAACUACCCCAGCUGGCUAACCCCUGGAUGGUGCAGGAUACAGUGGCAGAAUCCCUGUCAGGUCUCCUGGAUGGCAUUUCCUGGUUGCUGAGAUGUUCUGGGGUCAAAAUCCAUGGGAGUUAGAUAUCUAACUACUGCUGCUACUGAUGAAUGGAAACAACACACUUUAUUGCUGCGUCUUCCUGACUUACUACAGCUUUUCCUGAGUAUGGUAUGCCACAUGUGCACUGAGUGUAGUUAUGCCUGUGGAAUGUAAGGAACUGCAUCAGCAGCAGAUUUGAUGGGUUUCUAUUUGUUAUUGAUCCGAGAGAAGAGAAAGAGCCAUAUGAAGGAGUCAGAGCAGAACCAGGGUUACACAAGUGACGUCACAGUAACCCCUCAGACUUGGUUUGUUGAACACUAUAAUCUAUAGAUAAACAGACUCACCAGCAGAAUUAUAAAACCAAAAAGGAAAAGAAACCCACACAUGUAAUAUAGAGAUUUGUUUUAUAAAGACAUACAAAUAUCACAAUAUCUUUUGCAAAAUACCUGGAUAUUGAUAUUGUAUAGCGAGUAACUGAAAAAAUGAUAGCACUUUACUGUAAUACAGCCUUAAAACAACAGAAAAUAAUACUGUUUUGCCGUUUUAUGAUAUCCAAAAUACAGAACAGAAAUUAGUGUACACCUUAUCAUGACACAGUUCUAUAGUUGAUCAUCUGCUAACUAAACAGAAGGCCAGCUGUUUAGUUUAAAAUGGGAUAGUGAUUGUAAAUGUUUUAAUGAUUUAUUAAAGACUCAUUAUAACCUAAUCCCACAUUUUACAGUAAAAAAAUACUUUUGUAAUUAAUGUGUUUUCAUAUGUAAUUUGUUGCGCAAUUUGAUUUCAAAAGGUUUCAGAUAUGUAUUUAGGUCAUAAGUCACAGUUCAGUCUUUUACAAUAUUAAUGACUUUAUUAAAUGUCUGUUAAAAGAAACAAACUCGUAUAUUUCUGUUAAGUAAUCAAAAUUACAAACCUCCCUGAAUCUGAGUCAAGUAUUUUGGCAUUCGUCUUUUAGAUCUCGUUCAUAUCUUCACAAGUUUAGCCUUGUGAACAGUGGAAAGUAUUUCUUCUUCCCCUUCCUUUCCUCUCCUCUGAGGUCAGCUCUGGCAUGAGGAGUUGAGUCCACAUCUGUAUGUCAGUAAGCACGGAACAAUAUCCUGUUUUUGCCACCAGGGAGUGCUGCUAGUAGCUGGUGGAUUCAGUGUUUCGUAACAGAAAGUGCUGCCUUUCUAACUGCCCUUACUUAGCCUUGUUGGUUUGAUUAACAAGUGUAAAGUUUUCGUGACGUUAGAUAUGACCUGUAAGAAGUCAUCUUUAAACACAGUUAUGAAAUAUUCUCAGUAAGAGUCUGGAAAGUUGCUUUUGCAUUCUGCAGUAGGUAAUUCAUAUGCACAGUUGGACCUGAAAAUCAAUCUGUCUAUGACUAACAUCAGGCAGCAUGGAAAAUGCACAAUGACUUCUUCAAAAUUAAAAUGGAGGUAAAAACCCACAGGCAGACAUUUUAGAAAUGCUCGAUUCAAAUUGAUUGAAGUAAUUCAAUAACACACUCCAUGUCUAUUUUUGUCCAUGAUAUGAAUUCCAGUGCAAUUACAGCACUUAAAGUGUUGAAUGUAUGUUGGUCGAAUUAAAAUGACCACCUAUUCAUUGUCCCCUGCUGGCAGCGGUGUUCACAUGUUGUUAUGGCACCAUGUAAGGCAUGACAAGAUAAUGUGCCGCACUGGUGGUCUUUUGUUUUAGUCCCCUAGGUAACCACAAGUAUUUUGUAAAAGUAUGUUCCCCCAGGCAGCCCUUUUUAUCAAAAGGAUUUUUCUCCUCCACAAUCAUUUUCAUAGACAUACAGAUUUGGACCAUGAUUGGUGCAAUUUAGGUGCAUUAAGCUGAGCUGAAUACUGGUGAAGCGGAGAUUGAUUCUCUUUUUCCCCCUGGUGAAGUUUAAAGGGAAAUGAUGGAGAAGGCAGCUGUGUGUGUGUGUGUGUGUGUGUUUCUGAUUGAAAAUCUCUGUUCUCUGUAAACAGGAUGUCUUAUCUUUUACGUCCUCAUUUCACAGUUAUUUACCCACAUUGUAUGUUUUUGUGCAUGUCUUGUGUGUAUAUAUGCUCAUGUUUACAUAGACUGUCCAAAAACGAAGGUUCACCAAAUAAAAAAAAUAGCAUAUGAACCAUGGGAACCUGUUUUCAGGGCAGGUAUGUUCGGGAUAACUGCCUAAUCCGUUGUUAUUACUUUGUGAUCCUGAUGGGGCCAAUGGAAGUAAAGACAUUCCGCUGAGCAAGCACUGGCACUGUCAGUGUGGAUGAAUAAAUAAGGUAGUCUCAGUCUGAAUGCAUGAAGAAGUGAACUAAGCUGAAACACUUUUAUGUGAAUGCAGGCUAAAGAAAAUAACCUAAAAAUGAAGUGAAUGCUGUUUGCAGUCAGCAUGUGUUGGAUCCUCUGUUGAGACUUACUUGCAUAGCAUAUUUUUAAAGUCUGUUUAUUCAGAAUGCAGACUGUGGACCAUUAGCACACAGUCCUAAAUAAUGGAGGCCUGGGUUUUGUGGGGGAGGAUCCUGGGCCAUGUUUUGGAGUUCUGAAUGAAUGAGUUCCAGACCUCCAGCUGCCUCUUGUCUUCGGAAAUCAAAAGGGGCCUCUGGGAUAUGAUGUCACGAAGAAGAAACCCCGCUUUUUACUGACCCAAAACAGAGUUUGCAACAACAUGCAGACAGCUAAGGCAUGCAUGGAAGUUGUGUACUGAGACC